CGUUUUGUUGGACGAGCAUCACACUACUGCACAUCUUCGUUGCCAACAUGUUCCUCCGUCGCGCGGCAGCCUCUUCGCUGUCCUUUGGCCGAUCCCGCGCUCAUGCGACGCCUCGCUUCCUUGCGCCUGCUGCCAACCAUGUCAUGAACAUGAGCACGUUGCCGCGCAAUGACCGCAUCCGCAACGUCGCCAUCGUAGCGCACGUCGAUCACGGCAAGACCACGUUGGUCGACCAAUUGCUCAAGCACGGUGGCAACAUGCUGAGUGAAGACCGCGUCAUGGACAGCAUUGACUUGGAACGCGAACGCGGGAUCACGAUCAUGUCAAAGUGCACGCGCGUCGAGUACGAAGGCCGCGUGUUGAACAUCGUGGACACGCCAGGGCACGCCGAUUUCGGCGGUGAAGUCGAGCGCAUCUUGAGUAUGGUGGACGGCGUGGUGCUCGUUGUGGACGCGACGGAAGGCCCCAUGUCCCAGACCAAGUUUGUGCUGACCAAGGCUUUGAACCGAGGGUUGAAGCCGCUCGUGGUGAUCAACAAGGUCGACCGCCCCACGAGUCGGCUCGGUGGCGAAGUCGAAAACGAACUCUUCGACAUGUUUGUGGCAUUGGACGCCAACGAUGAACAGCUCGAGUUCCCAGUGCUGUACGCGUCGGCCAAGCAAGGCUGGGCCGUCAACUCACUCGAAGACGACAGCGAAGACCGCACGACCAUGAAGGCGCUGCUCGACCAAAUCGUCGACUACGUCCCUGCGCCCGAAGCCGAAACCGACAAGCCAUUUUCCAUGGCUGUGACCAUGUUGGGCCACGAUCCAUACGUGGGCCGGCUGGCCACUGGCCGCGUGUACACGGGGCGCGUCAAGGUCGGCGACAACAUCCACGUGGUGAACCGCGAAGGCAAAAAGCUCGAGGCGGGCAAAGUCACCAAGAUGUUUGUGACCCGGGGCACGACCAAGUCGGAAAUCGCCGAGGCCGAAGCCGGGGAUAUCAUCACCGUUGCCGGUGUGAAUGCGUACGUGUCGGACACGAUCGCCAACCCGGAGGUGCUGACGUCAAUCCCGUCGCCGCAGUUGGACCCGCCGACGAUUUCCAUGACGUUUGGCGUGAAUGACAGUCCCAUUGCCGGCAAAGAAGGCAAGUUCCUAACCUCUGGACACAUCAAGGAGCGCCUCCAGCGUGAAACCGAGAACAACGUGGCUGUCUCCGUGACGACGAGCGAAACGUCCGAAGCAUUCAACGUGCACGGUCGCGGCGAGUUGCAACUGGCCAUCUUGAUUGAAGAAAUGAGACGAGAAGGGUUUGAAAUGUGCGUGUCAGCGCCCCGUGUGCUCUUCAAGCAGUGUCCCGACACCAACCAAAAGCUCGAACCUGUGGAAGAAGUCACAGUGGACGUGGACCAAGAGUUCUCUGGCGUUGUUAUCGACAAGCUCAGCACCCGCGGCGGCGAAUUGGUCGAGUUCAAAGACAUCCAAGACAAAGUCCGUCUGCUCUUCCGCAUUCCCAGUCGCUGUUUGAUGGGAUACCGCAGCGAGAUCAAAACAGACACCCGUGGCAGCGGCAUCCUCAACUCGAUUUUCUACGGCUACGAAAAGUUCCAAGGACUGGCCAGCGUGCCAUCCAAGGGCAAGUUGAUUGCGUCGUGUAACGGCAAGACCACGACGUACGCGCUCAAUAUGUUGGAAGAACGUGGGGAAUUGUUUGUCAAGCCUGGCGAGGACGUGUAUACGGGCAUGGUCAUUGGCGAGCACACGCGGCCAACAGAUUUGGAAGUGAACCCGACCAAGGAAAAGAAGCUGACCAAUAUGCGCGCGGCGGGCAACGACGAAAACGUCCGGUUGUCUCCAGCGCGUCAAAUGUCCCUCGAGGACGUUGUCACGUACAUUGGCGAAGACGAAAUGAUCGACGUGUCGCCGUCUCAAAUUCGCAUUCGCAAGCGCUUUUUGGACCCGAACGCCCGCAAGCGUGCCAAGUAGAAGAUGACACCGCCGCCGUCCAUUUGGAAUACUAUCAACCUAAUAGAGUAAUACAACAACGUUGCUACCUGCA